CACUGCGCACUCAGCCUGACAGGUGUCCAGAGAGUUUGUUUACAGCUAAGGAGAAUAUGAUACUACACAUGUGGACGUGUGCCAUCACAUUUCAGACAUGCAGGAAUGCUGACAGAGAAAUAAAGAGAGAGAGAGAGAGGUUCACUUCAGUCCUUUCCUUUGAUUCGAACCUGGCACCGAAUACAACAUACGCACCACGCAGGAGAAGAUGUCUGCUAACUCUCCAAAAGAUAAUGAUGAAGAACAGAUGAUGGAGUAUUUUAAACAGCAGGGUUUCCUCCUGAAGGAGAAAGCUAUGCUGCAUGCAUCAGUGAGGGAGGAGAAGAAGCUGCUGGUUGAAAAUGCCAAACUGAAGAAAGACAUCGAUGAUCUGAAGAAACGUCUGCAUGACACACAGAGGAGGAAAGCUGUAAAGCUGCAUCAGGAGAGAGUUCUGACUUCAACAAUCGCCACUAAAACUAAACUGCUGCAGGAAACUGCCCCCUCAUCAUCACAAACUGCCCCUUUAUCAACCCACUCCACUGGACCUAGAUUAGACACGACACACACUUGUCAUGAGGGGCGACGGAGAAGAGAGAGGAGAGGUGCAGGUUUGGACUCUGCGGUUCUGAAGAGUUCUGAUUCAAUAGGCGUUUUGUUGCGAGAAAAGAAAACUGAUGUGUCACGUCUGGACCUGCGGGUCGGACGGAUUCUGACAGUCCGGAAACAUCCAGAUUCAGUGUCACUGUACAUCCAGGAGGUGGAGUUAGGAGAACCCGCCCCCAGAACUGUGGUCAGUGGACUGACCAAUCAUACGCCUCCAGAAGAGAUGUUGGGCUGUCUGGUGGUGUUGUUGUGUAAUGUGCGGCCGAUGAAAGUACGAGGUGUUCAGUCACAGGCCCGCCUUAUCUGUGCUGUCAAUCAAGAGAAGAUAAACCCUUUAACCCCGCCCACUGGCGCCCAGCCUGGUGACAGAGUCACUUUCCAGAACUACCCUGGUGAACCCGAGAAAGAGUUGAAUCCAAAACACAGAAUCUGGGAACGUUUACUGCCCGACCUGUGCACAGAUGUGAAGGGUGUGGCCACGUAUAAGGGCGUGGCUUUUGAAGUCCGUGGGAAGGGCCUCUGUCGGGCCCCGGGCAUCAACAAUGGCACUAUCAAAUAAAUGACAAACUCAUCUCCAGACUAAUGCUGUAAUUUAUGACAUUGAAAUCCCGCCAAUAAAUGAUCAAAAAUUAAAAUGUGU